AUGGGGCGGCCGUCCCUGGAGCGGCGGCUGCUGCCAGCGCUGCUGCUGCUGCUGCUGCUCCUGCUGCCGCCGCCGCUGCCACUGGCGCUGCGCGGGGCGCGCUGCCCCGAGCCCUGCCACUGCGCGCCCCACGGCGCCCUGCGCUGCCCCGGCCCGAGAGCCGGCCUCACCCGACUAUCACUCACCUAUCUCCCUGUCAAAGUAAUCCCAUCUCAAGCUUUCAGAGGACUUAAUGAGGUCGUAAAAAUUGAAAUCUCUCAGAGUGAUUCCCUGGAAAGGAUAGAAGCUAAUGCCUUUGACAACCUCUUCAAUUUGUCUGAAAUAUUAAUCCAGAAUACCAAAAACCUGGUAUACAUUGAGCCUGGAGCAUUUACAAAUCUUCCCCGGCUAAAAUACCUAAGCAUCUGUAACACAGGCAUCCAAAAGCUUCCAGAUGUUACGAAGAUCUUCUCCUCUGAAUUUAAUUUCAUUCUGGAAAUUUGUGAUAACUUACACAUAACCACCAUACCGGGAAAUGCUUUUCAAGGGAUGAAUAACGAAUCCAUAACACUCAAACUAUAUGGAAAUGGAUUCGAAGAAGUACAAAGUCACGCCUUCAAUGGGACGACACUGAUUUCACUGGAGCUAAAGGAAAAUGUACACCUGGAGAAGAUGCACAAUGGAGCCUUCCAGGGGGCCACAGGGCCUAGCAUCUUGGACAUUUCUUCUACCAAAUUGCAGGCCCUGCCGAGCUAUGGGCUGGAGUCCAUUCAGACACUAAUUGCCAUGUCAUCUUAUUCUCUAAAAAAAUUGCCGUCAAGAGAAAAAUUUACCAAUCUCCUGGAUGCCAUGUUGACUUAUCCCAGCCACUGCUGUGCUUUUAGAAACUUGCCAACAAAAGAACAGAAUUUUUCAUUUUCCAUUUUUGAAAACAUUUCCGAACAAUGUGAAAGCACAGUAAGGAAAUCAAAUAACGAAACACUUUAUUCUGCCAUCUUUGCUGAGAGUGAACUGAGUGGCUGGGAUUAUGAUUAUGGUUUCUGCUCAUCCAAGACACCCCGAUGUGCUCCUGAACCAGAUGCUUUUAAUCCCUGUGAAGAUAUUAUGGGCUAUGAUUUCCUUAGGGUCCUGAUUUGGCUGAUUAAUAUCCUAGCCAUUAUGGGAAACAUGACUGUCCUCUUUGUUCUCUUGACCAGUCGUUAUAAACUUACAGUGCCCCGUUUUCUCAUGUGCAACCUCUCCUUUGCAGACUUUUGCAUGGGGCUCUAUUUGCUGCUCAUUGCCUCGGUUGAUUCCCAAACCAAAGGCCAGUAUUAUAACCAUGCUAUAGAUUGGCAGACAGGGAGUGGGUGCAGUGCUGCUGGCUUUUUCACUGUAUUUGCAAGUGAACUUUCUGUCUACACCCUCACCGUCAUCACUCUAGAAAGAUGGCACACCAUCACCUAUGCUAUCCAGCUGGACCAAAAGCUGAGAUUGAGACAUGCCAUUCCAAUUAUGCUUGGAGGAUGGCUCUUUUCUACUCUAAUUGCUAUGCUGCCCCUUGUGGGUGUCAGCAACUACAUGAAGGUCAGUAUUUGCCUCCCCAUGGAUGUGGAAACCACUCUCUCACAAGUCUACAUACUAACCAUCCUGAUACUCAAUGUGGUGGCCUUCAUCAUCAUUUGUGCUUGCUACAUUAAAAUUUAUUUUGCAGUUCAAAAUCCAGAGCUGAUUGCUACCAACAAAGAUACAAAGAUUGCUAAGAAAAUGGCAAUCCUCAUCUUCACCGAUUUCACCUGCAUGGCACCUAUCUCUUUUUUUGCCAUCUCAGCUGCCUUCAAAGUGCCUCUUAUCACAGUAACCAAUUCUAAAGUUUUACUGGUUCUUUUUUAUCCUGUCAAUUCUUGUGCCAAUCCAUUUUUGUAUGCGAUUUUCACAAAGACAUUCCGAAGAGAUUUCUUUUUGUUGCUGAGUAAAUUUGGCUGCUGUAAACGUCGGGCUGAACUUUAUAGAAGGAAGGAUUUUUCAGGUUAUACCUCCAACUGCAAAAAUGGCUUCAUUGGAUCAAAUAAGUCUUCCCAGUCCACCUUUAAGUUGUCCACAUUGCACUGUCAAGGUACAGCUGUCCUAGACAAGACUUGCUACAAAGAGUGUUAACUAUUAUAUCAGUAAUGCAUUAUUGAAUUGUUCUUAAAUCUGUAAAAAAAAAAAAUUACCUAUACCAGUAAUUUUAAUAUAAAGUGGUGGUUUUAGGAAAUCAUUCUUAGACACAUGGAGAGCAAGAGACCUCUCCUCAGCUCAAAGUAUGGUCCAUGAUCAUUGCCAGUCUAAAAACUAUUUGUCAUUGGUACAUGACAUAAAAUACAGAAGUUGAGAGUGUUUAAAAAUUUUUAUAGCAAUUUUCACAUAGUAAUAUUGUCUGUUGAAUCUAACAGUAAGAAAAACUGAGAUGGUAUUUUGCAUGUCUUUGAUUUUUUUCACUUCAUCUUUGCAGUAAUUUUUAUUGCAUUCUACAAAAAUAUUAGUUCAUAACAGACUGAAAAUUUUAAAUAACUAGCUUUCUUCCUCCAAUAGUUUGAGAAACACACUCUAGAGAUGCACUGUCCAAUCUGGUAGCCACUAGCCACAUGUGGCUAAAUUAAAAUUAAAUAGUUUCUCCAUUGCACUAGCCACAUUUCAAGUUCUCAAUAACCGUAUGUAACUAGUGAUUACCACACUGGACAGCACAGGUACAGAACAUUUCACCAUCACAGGAUGUUCUAUUAGUGCUAUUCUAGAGGCUUUUAUCCAUCCCCUAUCUAAAUUCUACUUAUUUAGAAUUUAAGGUAAACAACUAAAGACAAAUUUCAGCCUAGUGUAGUGUUUUGCCUCUAAAGAACAAUGAAAUAUUCAGUUGUGGAUUAUGAACUUUUUAUGGGCAAGAACUCUGUCUCAAUCCAUUUUGUUUUACUCUCUCCUACCUCAGGAUCUUGACAAAGGUACACAAAAAAUGUACUGAAUUAGAAUUAUUCUGACGUUAUGAAAUCAGGAAAAAAAAACUUUCUGGAGCCUAUAUUUUUUAUUUAAGUGAAAGAAUAUAUUUAAAUAUUUAAAAAUAA